UCUUAGGGAGUCAAAUUAACCUCGCAGGACACAGCUCUUCUACCGCGAAUGUUUAUACACGGCGGCCUUAAAUAACGGUUGGGAGCUGGCGGCGGCGGCGAAGAAAACACCUGCGCGCACACGUGGUUUGUUAUUUUUGCUCUCUUUCGCGCGAAACGCACACGGCUUCGUUUCUUCGGCGCAAAGCUGGCGAAACCCGACAGGAAGAAAGAAGGGACAUAAUGGAGAGGAGUUCUCAUUUAUCUGAAUCGCAAUUUCGUGCAGGAGCUCGGCACAACGUAACAUGUGUCGCGGCGUAGAAAUUUGCAAAGCUCUUCGAUGAUAAUAAUAAUAAUAGUAAUAAUGAAGGCGACAACGCCUGGCAGUGAUGCUCCCGCAGCUGUACGACCACAAAGGAAGCGAUGACAGCACUGACACAAAGCAACUCGUGCUGGAGGACAAUACUGCUUCUCAGGAAACGAGCAGUUUAUUACAAACCAGCUUCAACUAUAUCAACAGCAUCAUUGGAUCAGGAGUUGUGGGAAUCGCAUAUGCAUUAAAGCAAGCUGGCUUUGGAAUGGGGAUCAUCCUGCUGAUAAUGUUUGCAGCCAUUACGGACUACUCUCUGUGCAUUUUAAUCAAGGCUGGCAUUAGCACAGGCACCUCAACAUAUCAGGACCUUGUCCAAGCUGCCUUUGGCCUGCCAGGAUUCUAUGUCUUGACCAUCAUGCAGUUUAUUUAUCCUUUCAUUGCCAUGAUCAGCUACAACGUCAUCAUUGGUGACACGGUCACUAAGGUGUUCUUGCGAAUUUUCAACGUGGCACCUGACAGCAUUCUUGGCAACCGCCACUUUAUUGUUAUCAUGGCCUCAUUAUUUGUCACCCUGCCUCUUUCCCUGCACAGAAACAUAUCGAAGCUCAACAAGGUGUCGCUGGCAUCACUUCUAAUUAUUCUUAUUAUCCUGACUUUUGUGAUUGUGCGGAUAGGAAACUUUGUAGGCGUCAUGCCCACUUCACCCGAUUCUUAUGCGUUUGCUGACAGAGGCAUCACAAAGGCCAUUGGUGUCAUUGCAUUUGCUUACAUGUGCCACCACAACUCGUUCCUGCUGUUUUCUGCCCUGAAAGACCCAACCCAGCGGCGAUGGAACAAGGUGACCCACAUCAGCUUGUCCCUUUCCUGCAUCAUCAUCGUGCUCUUCGGCAUUGGUGGUUAUGUCUCCUUCCAUGUAUUCAGCCAGGGCGACCUGUUUGAAAACUAUUGCAAAGAUGACGACCUUGCCAAUGUGGCUAGGCUGCUCUUCACGCUCACUAUAAUGCUGACAUACCCGAUCGAGUGUUUUGUCACCCGGGAGGUUCUAGACAAUGCAUUCUUUGUGACUAGGUUUCCAUCAAACUUGGUGCGGCACAUCAUCAUGACGCUGUUCAUCGUACUGACCACUUUUGCAUUUUCAACGCUGACCGACUGCCUUGGAGUUGUCCUCGAACUCAAUGGUGUUGUGGCCGCCAUACCACUGGCUUACAUCCUGCCAGCAGCCACGUACCUCAAGCUGGAAAACGGACCUCUGCUCUCUUGGGCCAAGUUUCCGGCACUCAUGCUGGCGGUCUGUGGAGCGGCAGUCGCAAUCUGCGGCACCGUGGUGGCCAUCAUCGACAUCAACGCCGGCAUCACUUGCAGCCACGGAGCUGAUAUGCAUUACUGCACCGUGCCACUAGCAAACAUCACGAUCUAGACUGUGGC